GGACUAGAGAUGCAACCAGGUUUCUGCCAAUCUCCCUGCUACAGUCUCUUAUCUAUUCAGAAUUUUUUAUUUGGGAAGGCUUGUUAGAAAGACUCUGUUGCUUAGCAACAGAGCAGGCAUCAGAGGAACAGUAAUUCAGACAGUAAACCAGCAGAGGGCACCCCAGCACAAGAAAACAGGAACCAUGACUUCUAAGGCAAAAAUGGCGGCAGAGGCACAAAUCAAAGACGCAGAGCACAAGCGAGAUAUGGAAAAAAAAUACAAGAACUAGAAAUAAAACAAAAAGAGAUGGAGCUAAGGGAAAGAGAAAAAGAGGCUACCCACAGGAGAGAGUUGGAACUCCUGAGGGAAACCCACCGGCAGGCCCUGGAAUUAGAAAAGGCUAAGCAACAGAACCCAGCCAAUCCUAACAACCCUUCGCCAAUAAUGAUUCCGCAGCACAAGAAAUUUCCCACCUACAAGGCAGGUGAUGACACUGAGGCCUUCUUAGAAAAUUUUGAAAGAGCCUGCCUUGGGUACAGCAUCUCUGAAGACCAGUACACGGUAGAAUUGAGGCCACUGCUCAGUGGACCCUUAGCAGAGGUGGCAGCUGAAAUGCCUAAGGAGAAAAUGAACGAUCAUAAACUUUUUCAAACCAAGGCCAGAUACAGAAUGGGGAUAACACCUGAACAUGCCGGUCAGCGGUUCAGAGCCCUAAAAUGGAAACCAGAUGUGUCAUUCCCCCGACACGCCUACCACAUUGCAAAGAAUUAUGAAGCCUGGAUAUCAGGAACAAAGGUUAACAAUCUGGACAAGCUGCACCACCUGAUACAAAUGGAGCAGUUCUUAGAUGGUGUUCCUGAGGAAAUAGAAAAGUACAUCCUAGAUGGGAAGCCCAAAACAGUAAUGGAGGCGCGGGAGAUUGGAGCCAAAUGGAUGGAAGUGGCAGAAAAGAAAAAACCUACUGUCAAGGGGAGCGAAUACCCCAGGGGGCACCACCGACAAUAAACCCUACAACCGAGGGCAGCCAAAGACCCCACCUACAACCCAAGGAAAGCCACAGACGCCCUAUUCUUCCACCUCACCAGUCUCCAGUAACCCACCUUGACCCAGUGACCAGUCAGCUGGAAGAUGCUUCAAGUGUAAUGAACUGGGACAUAUAAAGGCCAACCGCCCAAAGAACCCCAACCGAGUGCAGUUCAUUACACCACCAUCACACCAAAGAUCCCCAGGCCCAGAUGCCUCUCAAAUACCCUUGGAGCGAAGGGAAAUUUUGAGAGUGGGCGGAAAGAAGGUUACUGCGUGGAGAGACAUGGGGGCACAAGUGUCAGCUAUCCACCAAUCCUUCGUCGACCCCAAAUUCAUCAACCCAAAGGCCCAAGUGACAAUUUACCACUUCAUGUCACAAGCUGUAGACUUGCCUACAGCUGAACUGCCUGUCCAGUACAAAGGCUGGUCAGG